AAUGCUUGGAAGUGGCUAAAUCAGUUGGUAGGCUUGUGGCCCUUGCUCUUGAUCUCGACAUCCAUUUCUUCGACAAGUCAGAAAUGCUUGGCGAGGCCAUACAAACACUAGGGUUACUACACUACGAUGGUCAAGUUUCUGAUCCAGCGAAUGGAAUUUUUGGAGCUGGAGCUCAUUCGGACUUUGGUUUUAUAACCCUAUUGGCAACGGAUGAAGUUGUAGGUCUCCAAAUACGCAAGGAUAAGGAUGCGAAACCUCAAAUAUGGGAAUAUGUACCACCAAUAAAAGGAUCAUUUAAGGUGAAUCUUAGUGAUAUGCUGGAACGCUGGAGCAACGGUGUUUUCAAGUCCACAUUGCAUAGAGUUGCAGGGAACGGUCAAGACGGAUACUCUCAUACACUUUCGCAUUUUGGACGAUACAUCUCAUUUGCUUCUCUUCCUUGGCAGAUCGCAUACUUUAUAGAACCAAGUCACGAUUGUCUUGUUGAGUGCUUGCCUACCUGCAAAUCUGAAAAGUACCCUCCCAAGUUUCCUCCGAUCUUGUGCCAAACUUACCUGAGGCAGCGCUAUUACGAUACUUACGCUGAUCUGAAUGUCUACACGGAACAUAACAAUUAAGUUUGUCGUUCUCCUGCAAAUGAAGAUGAAUCACCGUCCUCUCAGAUAGCAAACGUAAGUUUCCAUAUAGUUCAACCAUUGUUGCACUUGAUAAUGUGCUACAUUAGUAUUCCAACUGUACCACUUUAUAAAUUCAUAUAACCCUGUAAUCUGGUACCCAACCACAAUGCAAUUUCAACCAAUUUUGUUGCAGAUUCUGUACCGUACUGACCUGGUACUAAUCAUAUAAUUCGUUCUAAAUUAAACGUACGGUACAGUGUGUGUCGUACGGCUGCAUAUUUGGGGGUUCACGGUAAAACCGAGUGCGGUAAGAAGUUAAUCAAGGGUCUUUAACAUUUUA